UGAUGCACCAAUAAAACGGGAGCAUUGGUGUCCGCAAAGUUGCUAGCGCCAGUGAAGCCCAUUUAAACAAGAAGCUCUGUAUCUAUUGUUUAUUUCCUACCUGUGAAUCUGGGACUCCGCUUGGGAUAUUUGGACCGACCGCUGCGUACAACGACACUCUGCUAACAGGGGGCGUUCCUGUUUACAAACAAAAUUGCCCCUUUUAGCCGUUUCCCGAAUAGUUGGGAACGGAAGAUAACUUCAGCCUCGUGGACAAGAGGAAGGAACUGAAAAAGAAGACCGUUAGCAACGUUAGUUUAUUGUUGUUUAGCCUUGUGAGGUGAAUAUUAAACAUGUAUUCAGGAGAGUCUCUGAUGGAGUUUGUCACCAAGCAAGUAGCUACUGCUAGAGAAAAAAUAAAAAAGGUUGAAGAAGCCAUGGCCCAGUUCGAGGAAGGGCUCGGUGGCCAGCGCAGACUGUCGGAUAUGAGCUGGAAACCACAGAGCAGCUCGCACACAGCAGAUCUUCCACAGCAUCAUGUCUGGGAAAAGGAGAAGGAUUUGACUGCCCAGCAGCUCUUUAACCAGGAGUCGAUGUCCUGUUCAGACCAGGAAGAACCAGAACAGCUAAAACUUUGCCAACAUGAAGGACAGCCCUUCCUGAACCAGGAAAAUCUUACCACGGAUACUUCUCUGUCUGAAGAAACAGACUGUCAUGAACCAGAACCAAACAGGAACCAGCCAUUGUGUCAGAGUUCUACAGAUCCUGAGAACCAAGAUCAGGGUGGAUGCAGGAAAGAAAACUCUGAAUCAAACGGCAAUGAAGAACUGAAACUGAAUAAAAGGCGUCAGCGAAGCAAAGAUCACCGAGACAGUGUAGGUGGUGAAAGACAAAAAAAGCACAAAGGGGCUCACAGUGGUGAGAGACCAUUUAAUUGUAAGCUAUGUGGAAAAUCUUUCAGUCACAAAUCUGAUUUAAAUAUUCACAUGAGAACUCACACAGGUGAGAAGCCUUAUCCAUGUAAAACUUGUGGUAAAUGUUUUAGAACCAGUAGUGAAUUAACUACACACAUGAGAGCUCACACAGGUGAGAAGCCAUAUUCAUGUAAAACUUGUGGUAAAUGUUUUACUGAAAGUCAUCACUUGACUACACACAUGAGAAUUCACACAGGUGAGAAGCCAUAUUCAUGUAAAACUUGUGGUAAAUGUUUUAGAAACAGUAGUCAAUUAACUACACACAUGAGAACUCACACAGGUGAGAAGCCAUAUCCAUGUAAAACUUGUAAAUGUUUUAGAACCAGUAGUGAAUUAACUAAACACAUGAGAGCUCACACAGGUGAGAAGCCAUAUUCAUGUAAAACUUGUGGUAAAUGUUUUAGAACCAGUGGUGAAUUAACUACACACAUUAGAACUCACACAGGUCAGAAGCCAUAUCCAUGUAAAACUUGUGGUAAAUGUUUUACUAAAAGUGAUCACUUGACUACACACAUGAGAACUCACACAGGUGAGAAGCCAUAUUCAUGUAAAACUUGUGGUAAAUGUUUUAGAACCAGUAGUCAAUUAACUACACACAUGAGAACUCACACAGGUGAGAAGCCAUAUCCAUGUAAAACUUGUGGUAAAUGUUUUACUAAAAGUGAUCACUUGACUACACACAUGAGAACUCACACAGGUGAGAAGCCAUAUCCAUGUAAAACUUGUGGUAAAUGUUUUACUAAAAGUGAUCACUUGACUACACACAUGAGAACUCACACAGGUGAGAAGCCAUAUCCAUGUAAAACUUGUGGUAAAUGUUUUACUAAAAGUGAUCACUUGACUACACACAUGAGAACUCACACAGGUGAGAAGCCAUAUCCAUGUAAAACUUGUGGUAAAUGUUUCAGAACCAGUGGUGAAUUAACUACACACAUGAGAACUCACACUGGUGAGAAGCCAUAUCCAUGUAAAACUUGUGGUAAAUGUUUUACUAAAAGUGAUCACUUGACUACACACAUGAGAACUCACACAGGUGAGAAGCCAUAUUCAUGUAAAAGUUGUGGUAAAUGUUUUAGAACCAGUGGUGAAUUAACUACACACAUGAGAACUCACACAGGUCAGAAGCCUUAUCCAUGUAAAACUUGUGGUAAAUGUUUUACUAAAAGUGAUCACUUGACUACACACAUGAGAACUCACACAGGUGAGAAGCCAUAUUCAUGUAAAAGUUGUGGUAAAUGUUUUAGAACCAGUAGUGAAUUAACUACACACAUGAGAACUCACACAGGUGAGAAGUGAUUUAAUCUUCUAUGAGAUUCAUUAAGGCAUUUUCUUUACCUUCUGAUUUGAAAAUUCACACUUGAGAUUGUAUUCAUUAAAAUAUGUUUGGCAACAUAUCAUAGAUGCCUUAAAGUCCUCAAGGCAUGGGUGGAGACUUAUUUCACCCACAUUUCUUGUUAGAAAAACCCUUCUGAAAAGUAAUUAGCUGACAACAUCACAUUUUGUAGAUUAGCCAUUUGUAGCUUGCCUUAGGAAUGUGAAUGGGAUUGAGCUCAUGCGCACGUGAUUUAGGACACGGGUGUUCUGUGAUGUCACAAGCAUACACAGGCGGGGCAAAAGAGCAGAGAAGUCCGCAGUGUCCAUUAUUAAACAAAAGCAGCCCAAGUAGUCUUGCUUAUGGAGACUGACUUUCAUAUUGCAUCCUGCUUUGCUGGGUCUGGCAGAAUGUGUGUGUGUGUGUGUGUCACAGCAGUGAGGGACAGAAAAAAAAACAGCUUUGUAAGAGGCUUGUUAACUCCACAGCAUCAACGAUAAUGAAUUGCAGGCUGAUUCUUGCUGCCAUUUGGAGUUGGUAAUGUUUUUUUAUUUUAUUUUUUUAACAAACUUUAUUUGUUUUUGUCACAAAUACAUAGUCACACUAACAAACAUACAUCAAAUAUACACACAAACAGACAUCAGCUCAUUAAAUCGACAAGAGGCACAUAACAGAUAAUACAACCUUCCAAAAGGUACUUUUUUUAUUGUUUUUGUUAUACAGGGUCAAUCAGAAAUAAACAUCGAAGACUUAUUAAAGUGAGUUCUGCCUUCUUAUUUACAAUUAACUUUAUGGUUUUAACAUAUGAAUGGAAGUCAUUUAAGAAAACGCAAAAGUUAGGGAGAAAUUUGGAGACCCUCGCUUUAUGUAUAUGACAUUUCCCUAAAAGAAGCAUUAGAUUAAUUAUAAAACUUAGCCUUUUAUCAUUACAUUCAAACUUGAUAAUAACAUCCUUAGAUCUGAUUUGGAUAGUGUGUUUGGAUUUAAUCUUAAUAAAAUUUUCCAUAUCUUUCCAAAAUCCAGAUGAGAGACAAUUAUAAAAUAAGUGUAUGAUAGUCUGAAACAUAUGACAAAAGGUACAUUUCUCAUCCAGAUCCUUGAACAAUGAUAAUUUUUUGUUACAUGGAUAAAUAUUGUGUAAAAUUUUGAAAUUAAGUUCCCUUAUCUUGUUUGAAAUACAGUAUUGAAAGUGAACCAUCCAUGCUUUCUUCCAAUUUAUUGAAAGUGAACCAUCCAUGCUUUCUUCCAAUUUAUAUCAAACUGUGUUCCAUGAAAAAAAUUCCUUUGGGUGCCACUGUAUCAGAACAACAUAAAACCUUCCUUAUAUGCUGAUUUGAACAUUUCUUGUCUAAUAAAUCAAUACCCCCAACUUUUAGAGAAGACAUCUGCAAACUAAAUCUGAUAAACAGAGUGUGGUCUCAUUAACACAACUAUGCCUGGGGAAAUGGCUCUCAUGACCGAGGCAAAUUCUCUGUAUUUCACUGGAAAAUCCUUAGUUUUCAAAAAGUUCAUAGCUAUAAAGGCUUCCAUUAUCAAAUAAAUCUGCUGCAAAAAUGA